AAAUUCCCCUCCAUUCAAAUCUGCAACAGCCGUGGAUUAAGGUUAAGUCCAUUUAUUGAAACAUAUUGUUCAGAUCCUGAGUGUCAUAACUGGAGCCAACACGGUACUAUGGAGAACUAUGAGAUUUAGCCUGGAUAUUAACUUGUCUUCUAGAGAAUAGAUUUAGUAUUCCGUUCUGCUGUAAUGGCUAAUUCACGCAGAAAACUAAUAUUUAAUAUUUACAUAGGAUUUUACUGCUCAGCAGUCAUCCAAAUAUGUGUUUGUUCUCAGUUCACAAGUUCAUCUACUGAUCCGUUCAACAAGGACCAUGGGGCUUUCCCAGUAGCCAUCAAUGGGGAAAUAUUUCCUUGGCAUGAGCUAAGGCUCCCCACCAUGGUCAUUCCCCUCCACUAUGACCUUUUUGUCCACCCAAAUCUCACCUCCCUGGACUUUGUUGCAUCUGAGAAAAUCGAAGUCUUGGUUCGAGAUGCCACCCGAUUCAUCAUCUUGCACAGCAAAGAUCUUGAAAUCAUGAAUGUUACUCUUCAGUCAGAGGAAGAUUUGAGAUACAGGAAACCAGGGAAAAAGCUAACUGUUUUGAGUUAUCCUGCUCAUGAACAAAUUGCACUGCUGAUUCCAGAGAAACUUAUGGCUGACCUGAGAUAUUCUGUGGCUAUUGACUUCCAGGCCAAGCUAGCUGAUGGUUUUGAAGGCUUUUAUAAAAGCACAUACAGAACUCUUGGUGGUGAAACAAGAACAAUUGCAGUAACGGAUUUUGAGCCAACCCAGGCACGAAUGGCUUUCCCUUGCUUUGAUGAACCACUGUUCAAAGCCAACUUUUCAAUCAAGAUAAGAAGAGAGAGCAGACACAUUGCCCUAUCCAACAUGCCAAAGGUUAAGACAAUUGAACUUGAAGGAGGCCUCUUGGAAGAUCAUUUUGAAACUACUGUAAAAAUGAGUACAUACCUUGUAGCCUACAUAGUUUGUGAUUUCAACUCUGUGAGUGGCACAGCCUCGUCAGGGGUCAAGGUGUCCAUCCAUGCAGCCCCAGACAAAUGGAGUCAAACACAUUAUGCUUUGGAAGCAUCAUUGAAGCUGCUGGACUUUUACGAAAAUUACUUUGAUAUCCAGUAUCCACUCGCAAAACUGGAUCUAGUUGCCAUUCCUGACUUUGAAAGUGGAGCCAUGGAAAAUUGGGGGCUUGUCACAUAUAGAGAGACGUCACUGCUCUUUGAUCCCAAGACCUCUUCUACUUCUGACAAACUGUGGGUCACCAAAGUCAUAGCUCAUGAACUAGCGCACCAGUGGUUUGGCAACCUGGUUACAAUGGAAUGGUGGAAUGAUAUUUGGCUCAAUGAGGGUUUUGCAACAUACAUGGAACUUAUCUCUGUUAACAUCACAUAUCCAGAGCUACAAUUUGACGACGAUUUUCUGGACAUGUGUUUUGAAGUAAUUAAAAGAGAUUCAUUAAAUUCAUCCCAUCCUCUCUCCAAUCAAGCAGAAACCUCUACUCACAUAAAGGAAAUGUUUGAUGCUGUUUCCUAUAAAAAGGGAGCUUGUAUUUUGAAUAUGCUCAAGGAUUUUCUGAGUGAGGAGAAAUUCAAGAAAGGAAUUAUUCACUACUUAAAGAAGUUCAGCUAUAGAAAUGCUAAGAAUGAUGAUUUGUGGAGCAGUUUGUCAAAUGAUUGUUUAGAAAGUGAUUCUACAUCUGGUGGAUUUUGUUAUUCCGAUUCCAAGACAACAAGCAACACACUCACCUUUCUGCGGGAAAAUGUGGAGGUGAAGCACAUGAUGGCUACAUGGACUUUGCAGAAAGGAAUCCCCCUCGUGGUGGUUAACCGAGAAGGGCGUUCAAUCAGACUGCAGCAGGAGCGCUUCCUGAAUGGGGUGUUCAAAGAGGAUCCUGAAUGGGGGACCCUGCAGGAAAGGUACCUUUGGCAUAUCCCAGUGACCUAUUCCACAAGUUCCUCUAAUGCAAUUCACAGACACAUUCUGAAAUCAAAGACAGAUACUCUGGAUUUACCUGAGAAGACCAGUUGGGUAAAAUUCAAUGUGGACUCAAAUGGCUACUACAUUGUCCACUAUGAGGGGCGUGGAUGGGACCAACUCAUUACACUGCUGAAUCAGAACCACACAUUUCUCAGACCUAAGGACAGAAUAAAUCUGAUUCAUGAUGCAUUUCAGCUAGUAAGUGCAGGAAGGUUGACUCUAGACAAAGCCCUUGACCUGACUCGCUAUCUCCAACAUGAAACAAGCAUCCCUGCACUUCUCAAAGGCCUGGAAUACCUAGAAUUGUUUUACCACAUCACGGAAAGAAGGAAUGUUUCAGAUGUCACUGAAAAUCUCAAGCAUUACCUUCUCCAGUAUUUUAAGCCAGUGAUGGACAUGCAAAGCUGGUGUGACGAGGGCUCGGUCUGGGACAGAAGGCUUCGUUCGGCUCUCUUGAAGCUGGCCUGUUACCUGAAUCAUGCUCCUUGCGUCCAGAAGGCAACUGAACUCUUCUCUCAGUGGAUGGAAUCCAGUGGAAAAUUAAAUAUCCCAACAGAUGUUUUAAAGAUUGUGUACUCCAUGGGUGCUCAAACAACAGCAGGAUGGAAUUACCUUUUAGAGCAAUACGAACUGUCAUUGUCUGGUGCUGAAAAAAACAAAAUUCUGUAUGCAUUGUCAACCAGCAAACAUCAGGAAAAGUUAACGAAGUUAAUUGAACUAGGAAUGGAAGGAAAGGUUAUCAAGACACAGGACUUGGCAGCUCUUCUUCAUGCAAUUGCCAGAAAUCCAAAGGGGCAGCAAUUAGCCUGGAAUUUUGUAAAAGAAAAUUGGAUCCAUCUCCUUAAAAAAUUUGAGUUGGGCUCAUUUCCCAUAAGAAUGAUCAUCUCUGGCACAACAUCUCACUUUUCUUCCAAGGAUGAGCUGCAAGAGGUGAAACUGUUCUUUGAAUCUCUUAAGGCCCAAGGAUCACAUGUGGAAAUUUUUCAAAUUGUUCUGGAAACCAUAUCCAAAAAUAUUAAGUGGCUGGAGAAGAAUCUUCCCACCCUGAGGAACUGGCUACUGAUUAGUAUUUAAAUGGUCAAUAGAAACAG